CUAGAUAAUCUUCAAUAAUAAAAAUCAAACUUUUUGGUUUCGUUUUCAAUAGGCAUUGAUUGUCUACACGGAACAGUGUGCCAAUUUUGUUACAGAGUAUUUCGACGAGUGAUCUUAUUUGUUCUCAAAGGAAGUUCUUGAAAAAUAAUCUGUUAUUAUCGUAACAGUACGAAACGAGAACAAGUCAUAGUAAUGAAAUGGAAGCUGUUUUGAUUUCUUCGGAAAAAAAGUAUAAGAAAGGAAAAGGGGGAGAAGGACAGAAAGGAUUCGACUUUCAAGUUAAUAUUCUUGCCCUAUUCGCUUUAGAAGGCCUCCAUACUAAUACUGAAUUUGAAUUAUCAACUGAAAAUAAGGACUGUGAUAAAUUUGAUGAUGUAGUGUACCAGAAGUCGGAAGGAGAUGUUUUGAUGCAGUGCAAACAUAAAGAAAAAGACGUAAUAUCCGAAAAUGACAUUUUUUCUCUCAGUAGAAAUGGCGAUUUCAGUUUCGCCAAAUAUUUUAUAUCCUAUUUGAAGUUGGCAAGAAAGUUUACUAAUGCACUCUACUUUGUUUGUACAAAUACCAAUAUAAAGAUUUCAAAGUAUUUGGUGGAACAAAAUGAAAAUACUAUUCUUUCAGUUGGAAAGUGUUACAAACUGAAAUUGAUAAUUACCAAGCUUCAGACGUGCAUUGAAGAAUACGCUAAGCAUGUUAAUUAUAGCGACAUACCGCUAGAUAUAGCAGAAAAAAUACCCGAGUUUGUAGACAAGUUUCAUUAUAUUUCAAUUGAUGACCAAUCUCUUUUUCAACACAUAACCAAUCUAAUGAAAAAUCUAGGUGAAGAAUUCAAAAUGGAUUUUUCUACCCAACAUUUCAUUCAAGAAAUGAAUAGAUGGUUUAUGGAACCGAAGGGAAUUUAUUUGAAGAAAUCACAUGUCAAAGCAUUCCUUUUCGAAUAUGUUAACCAAAAGUAUGCUGAAAAACUGAAAAGCUGCAAAAUCCAAUUCGAUCCAUUAAAUCUACCAGAUAGUCAAAUAUUGCAUGUAACUGUAGGUGAUGAUAUAUAUUUGAAGAUGGCGAGAUUGUACCAGGAGUUAUUGUUUAAAUAUAACCAAGAUAAUAUAUUAAUAAUGGAGCCCAUCAAGAAUGAUUCCGGUAGUUUUAUAAUGAUGAAACUGCUGGAUAUAUUUGCAUUAUCCCGUUAUAUACUGCUAAUUAUUGUCGCAAAUGAAUUGACUGAUGACCAAUUUAACGAAAUAACGGAUUAUAUAAAAAAUCUUCAAAAACGCUUUACAUUCAAAAAAGUUUUCUUUUUUUCGAAACAAUUUUCACAUCAUGAAGACGUUACUGAAAUGAACUUUACAGUUAACUUCAAUGACUUAGAGGAUUCGUCUAAACAGGCCUUUCUUCAGGCUGAUUGCAAAUUUCAAGGAAAUAAAAUUAAAACUUCUGCGUUACUCGACUCUGCUCCAGAUACUGCCAAUGAAGUUUUUGAUGACAUACAACUAGUAAAGUUUGCUGCAAACGAACAAAUUGAAAUUGAACCCGUUGUUAUUGAUUUCUUAGGUAUAACUCCUUUAUAUAUAGAACGAGAUUUAAUUUAUGAAACUGAGGCAAUACCUGAAGGAAAGUUGGCAUUGGAUAUUGCCAAUGGAGAGAGGAAAUUCAUUUUGAUAUCUGAUAUAGCGGGGAUGGGAAAAAGCACAAUUUUGACAAGACUACACAAUCUAGCAGAACAAAAUACAAACGAUUUUGUACUGAGAAUCAACUUGAAUCUCCACACCGGGACUCUCGCGGAAUUCAACAAAUCCAAGAACACGUUUCUGAAGUUGGAAGAUUUUAUAAAAAUUCCAAUAAAUACUUUUCAAGAAAAACUUUUUCAACUGAGACAUAAAAUAAUAUUAAUGGUUGAUGCUGUGGACGAAAUCAGUCCAGAAUACACUGAAAUUGUAUUGACUUUCCUCAAUGCAACACUUAAACGGGACAAUAUCAAAACUCUUGUCGUAACAACCAGACUUCACUUGAAAAAUCGAUUGGAAAAACUCUUUGAAACUAAGGCGCUCGGUUUGAAACCACUAUCAGAAAAGGAUCAAGUUCGUUUACUUUGUAAUUUUUGGAAAACUUCACUUCAACUUGAAAGUGAUGACAUAAAAAAGUGUACAGAAUGUGCGAAAGUUUUAUUGAAAAACCUCUAUCAAUCUAUUGAUUCCCAAAACUGGAGCUUGACGAGUAUUCCAUUGCAAACAAUAAUGAUUGCAGAUAUUUUCAAGACCUGGUGUAAGGAGUCUAUCGAAUCUGAGCAAGAGGUUUCAUUUGUCAAAAAAAUUGAUAUGGGACUGUUAUAUUCUACUUUUCUGGAUAAAAAAAGGAAAAUUUUCAUUGAAGAUAAGUGCAAUACCCAGGGAAAUACCAUAACAGAAGGACUGUGUAAUAAAGAAUUCGACAUUUCAUUAAGAAUGCAUCAAAAACUAGCUUUGAAUGAAUUAGUUGAUGAAAAAAAAUGUCAACUGUUCAGAGUUUAUCGAGAUAUUACAAUGACUAAAAUAGCUUAUGAAAAUAUAAUGAAAAUAGGUAUACUACAUAAAUUACAAGAUAAAAUAAUUUUCAUACACCAGACGUUUGCGGAAUAUUUUGUUGCUUUGAGUAUAACAAAUGAAUUAAUAAAUGGAAAUAACUCUGAAGAGUUUAUUUCCUAUGUUUUGGAAAAAAUAUUCGCAGCUGAAGAAUGUGUAAUAAUUCGUUGUUUUUUGGAAUACCUGCUGAAAGAUGCAAAACUACCCGAAAAUAUUUUUUCAGCAUUCAGGCAUGCAAUUAGGGAUAUGGCAUUCAGUGAUAAAAUAAUAAACUUCAAAUGUUUGUCCGAAGAAGGCUGUUUUCAAACCCUGAAAAUAAUUUUUGAAAAAAACAGUUUCAGCAAAGUUGUUUUAGAAGUCCGGGAUAAAUUUGAAAGGACUGCAAUUCAUCAUGCAGUUGAACAUUUGCCGGUUGUGGAAUUCUUGGUGGGCUUGGAAAUAGACGUGAAUAAGGAAGACAAUCUAGGUCGAACAGCCUUGCAUUUGGCGGCAGUGAAAAAUCAAGUUGAAGUUGUAAAGUUUUUGCUGGCAAAUAAAGCUGAUAUCGGGGCUACUGACAAUUUUGGAAAUUCUCUACUACACUUUGCGUCCGUGGUCGACUCUGUCGAAUUAGCUCAGAUUUCGUUAAAGAAUGGAACUGAUUUGAAUGCCAACAAUUUUGACAGCUGGACUGCCUUGCAUACUGCAGCGCUUCAUAAUAGCAUACAUGUCAUCAGAAUCUUAGUAAAAAAUGGGUGCAAUCUCAAUAAAAAAACCAAUAGGCGUCAAACGGCUCUUCACUUUGCAACUGUGUCAAAUGAAAAUGAUGAAUCAAAAACACUAGCCACUACACAAUAUUUAGUCUCUCUUGGUGCUGAUACAAAUGUUAGAGACUGUUAUGGUAGAACAGCGUUAUUUCCAGCUAUGUCACAUCAUAGUCCUGCAGUCGCUCAGUUCUUAGUUGACCAGGGAUGUGAUAUUAAUGUAGCAGAUAACAAUGGAGUAACAUUAUUACACUGUGCUGCAGAAGAAGAUUCGCUCAAGUUAGUGAAAUAUCUCAUUGGGAAAAAUGUAGAUAUACAAAGAAGAGACAACACAGGUCGAACUGCUCUUCAUUACGCUGCGAAAAAUGAUUCGAUUCACGUAGUCGAGUUUUUAGUUGACCAAGGAAUUGACAUCAAUGUUUCAGAUAAUAAUGGUGUUACUAUUCUGCAUGUUGUCGCUAAAAGUAGAUCUAUUGAAAUGAUUAAUUUCUUGAUCGAUAAGAAAUGUAACAUCCACAAAAGAGAUAAUCAAGGUCAAACUUUAAUUCAUUUUGCUAUAUUAGGAAGUGGAACUGUAGACUUAGUCAAAUUUAUAGUUGAACGUGGCUGCAAUAUUCAUUAUAAAGACAAUGAAGGAGUUACUGUACUUCAUAGAGCAGCUGAAAAAGGAUCCAUUGAAAUAAUUGAAUACUUAUUUGGAGAGAAAGGAAUGACAGAUUGCCGAGACGAUAAUGGCAAAAGUGUUCUGCAUUAUGCUAUAUCUACUCGAAAUUCACUGAAAUUAAUUAAAUUUUUAUUUGAAUGCGGAUGCAACGUCAAUGCUAAGGAUAAUAACGGAGUAUCGCCGCUCCAUUUGGCAACGGAAAAAGGUCGCUUUGAUAUAGUAGAAUAUUUGAUUACACAAGGAGCAUUAGUUAAUGCUAGAAAUUACGAAGGUGAAAAUGCUCUUCAUUCAGCUUUUUCUUCGUCAAACCACGUCGACUUGCAUCUUGUUAAAUUUUUAAUUGACCAUGGUUGUGAUGCCGAAGCAAAAGAUAAUCGUGGUUGUACGCUGCUACACCGAGCUGCUAAGAGAGGUGCGUUGGAGAUAACAAGAUACUUAAUAGAUGUGAAAGGUGUCCAGGACAGCAGAGACCAAAACGGAAAGAAUGUUUUGUUUUAUGCAAUUCGUAGCAAUAAAAAAGACAUUUUACAAUUUCUAAUAGGCAGAGGAUUCGAUGUAUCUGUGACAGAUCAGGAGGGUAGGUCGUUAAUCCAUACAGCUGCUGAAUUUGAUUCGUGUGACACCGUUCACUACUUAUGGAAAAAACGAUUGAAUUUGAAUACGACGGAUUCGAAUGGCCGCACUGCAUUACAUGUUGCAAUCUUGAACGACAGCAUUCGUGUUGCAAAAAUACUAAUUAGUUUAGGGGUAAUUACAUACAUCAGAGAUAAUUUCAAUGAAACUCCUCUUGAUAUUGCUAUUAGAAAUGGAUCGCAGAUUGUACCUUACCUUAUUUCCCAUAAAACGUAUCCUCAACAAUACAAGUAAUGCCCGUCUAGACAAAGUUAUUACAGAGGAAGAUGUGCGAUAUAUUUAUAUUAAGCACGACCAAAGUUAUCUUCUAUGUACGAUAAAUUUUAGGAAACA